AUGACAACCGCGAACGUGCUCGUGCUCGGCGGCGCCGGCAUGGUUGGCCGCAACUUUGUCAAGUACCUCGUGGACCACGAUGUCGUUGCGGCGGUUCGAGUAGCGGACAAGACGAUGCCCGAGAUCGCCUACUUCAGCGCCUCACACAAACAGGCAUUUGCUGACAAGCGCGUGACGUUCGUGCAGGCGGAUUUGACCCGUGAUGCGCACGUGGACCGCGCAUUUAACCCGGACUUUGGUCCCUACGACUUUGUGUUUAACCUCGCGGGGGAGUCCAAGUGCGGACUCUCCGAGACCGUCUACGCUUCGAAAUGCCGUGAUCUGUCCGUCAAAUGCGCCAAGAAAGCACAGGACCUUGGUGUCAAGCGCUACAUUGAAGUGUCGACGGCGUUCGUGUACAAGUCGCAGGUCAAGCAGCCGGCAAAGGAGGAUGCGGAGCUCCAGCCGUGGACUUUACAGGCCAAGUACGAACUCGAGGCUGAAGAGGAGAUUCGUCGUUUGCCGGACCUCAAGGCUGUAUUCCUUCGCUUAGCGACGGUGUACGGGUCGGCAGACUCGAUGGGACUCAUGCCGCGGAUUGUCUGCGCUGCCUCAUAUGUGAAGCUGCAAGAAAAGAUGAAGGUGCUGUGGGACGGGGAGAUGCGUGUCAACACGGUACACGUGCUUGAUGUGUGCCAAGCGUUGUGGCAUGUCACGACUGCCGGAAACGAUGGUGAAAUCUACAACUUGGUCGACAAGAAUGACACGACCCAGGCGAAGAUAAACGCUAUUUUGGAAGUGAUCUUCCACAUCAAGUCAGGCUUCAUCGGCAAGCUGGUGUCCAACCUAGCCCGCGUGCGACUUGCUGACGUGGUGGAUGAUGCCAACGACAAGCACAUGCAGCCUUGGGCUGAUCUGUGCGCGGACCACGGUAUCACGAACACGCCGCUGACGCCUUACAUCGACAAGGAGCUCCUGCAGCACAAUCACAUCUACGCGGACGGUUCUAAAAUUGAGUCGACGGGCUUUCGAUACAAGUACCCCAUGCUGGAGACGAAGGAGGUGCGCGCGGUGCUGGAAGAGAUGAUCCAGCAGAAGAUUUUCCCGCCAAUCUUGGCUCGAGAAUAA